AUAAACAAUCACAUGAUCAGAACAGACGAUGAACGCGGUGAUAUCAUUGUGCCAUUUUUGUGAUAAUCACGGCCCCCAAGUAAUUUUUACGACCCAAGCCUUUCAUGCUCAGGAGCUAUAUGUUACGGAAGGUGAUGAGGCGCAAUAUAGGAGUGAUUUCCUUAACCAUUUCUUCGAGAAAAGAGGAAAUAAGCACGAGAAUCGAUGUUUUGUAGAAUCUUCAACCAAUGAAAUAAAAUGUGAAAACAAUACUCCAUCAAAGACAGUACAAACUUGCGAAGGGUGUUCAUCUCUAGAUCCAUUGUUACCAGGAUACGUCAGCAAAGAUAACGAAGCAAAUGUAUCGUAUAUAAGCAGUCAACAUCCACCUAAAACUCAAGUGUACGAAAUGCUAAAGCAGUCGUGUAUGCGGAGUUUAACUGGCGAUGAUUCUUUAGGACCAACAUCAAUAAAUUUUUAUGGAGAUAGUCAAAGCGGACAUACACUAAGCUAUACGUUUCACUUAAAAGACAGUGGGGCAAGAGGCAGCAAAAGGCAAUAUAGCAUAAUUGUAUUGAUGAUGGAUAAAAUUUACUUGUUGAAUUCAUGGUCAUUUUUAGUAAAAAAUAUCAAACAUUUCAUUGAAGAAGUUAUAAUGAAAGGCGAAAAAUCAUUCCAAGAAAUUCAAAAAUCUGGUGAUACGUCCAAAAAAAGAGUUAGAGCUUUUGUUGAGAUCACGAAUGAUCCGAAUAUCUUUAGGAAAACUCAUCAAGCGUUCUUGUGGAUAUUGCAGACGGGUGGCAAUCGCUUAACGGAAACCAUAUUAGAGGGUCCACCAACGGAAGACUCUAUUUUAGAUUUGGAAAAGCAAGAAGUUACGGAGGAAGGAUUCAUAAAACUUUUCAGUGAAAAAAAGUUAACUGGCGAACAAAUUGAAGAAGGUUCAGCUCAGAACUCUUCAGAGGAGGAGGAAGAUAAUGGACCAGUAGAAGUUUUUAAAAGUUUAAGACAUUUUUUAAAAUUUAUUGGACUGCCAAAUUUUCAUUCACUUGCCCAUCACAUACUAAUUGGGAAACAAGUUGUUAUAAGAGCUCAGGAUCGUAGAUUAGUUAAAUCUGCAAUAGACUGCUUAAAAAUAUUACUACCACAAGGUUGUUGUAGAAUCAUAUAUUUUAGUAAUAAAUACGAGGAGAGAUCCAAAUGUAAUCUACUUGGUAUGCCCAUAUCUGCUCAAUUACGUCAAACUUCGAAAACUCCUUUCCUUUUGUUAAACAUAUCCGAGUCUACAAAAAACAUGCAUAUUCCGAAAAGUAUACAAUUAAAGGACAAAGAAGUUAAUAUAAAAUCUUCUAUAAAUCUAUCAGAUACACCACCGCGAAUUUUAACCCAAAUAGAAAGGAUUUUAUUGAACACAAGUUUAAACGAGUUGGCCAUAGAGCAAUCUGUAAUUAUGCUUAGAGAAGAAUGGCUUUCAAAGGUCAAAGUAUUGUUUAAAUAUAAAAUUUCGGGAGGAGUAGGAACAGAUGAAGUCCAUAAAAAACUAUUAACCGUUGUUAAAGCAACAACACACGACAUGGAAGUGUUAAACUUUUGGAAAACCGGUCUCAGUGUUCAGUACAAGAAAAGAAUGGCUAACUGCACGAAACCUGUCCAAUUCUAA